AUGGCUUUCGUACCUACUCUAGAAUCAAUUCCUCCUAACAAUGCAACUUACCGCAUGAAGCUGGCCCCUCAGACGUUGGCCCGUGUCAACCACACUCCGUUGAAUCCUAUUAGCUUUCUGUUGAGGGCAGCUAUCAUUUAUCCCGAUGAAAUUGCUCUUGUGCAUCCGAAUGUUGCAUAUCCGGUCGUGUAUACAUAUAGGAUCUGGGCACAAAGAAUUCAGAACCUUGCAUACGCCCUGAUCAAGGCAGGCAUUCGUCCUGGUGACAGAGUAGCUAUCUUGGCUCCAAAUUGUCUUCAAGCCCACUCAUCGCUGGUAGAGCGCUUUCGUUUUGAGUUCAACCGACCUCUCACAGGAAUUCCUUUAGACGCGCAUAACGGAGUGCUGGCUGCCCGAGGGGUCUUAGUCUGUAUCAACACGCGUCUUCUCAAAUCUGAUAUAGAGUACAUCAUCAACCAUUCGGGGACAAAGCUCAUACUUGUUGACCAUGAAUACGCACCACUUGUCAAAGACUGUCAGGUUCCUACUAUUAUUUCCAAGGAUACAGGGCGAGCAGGGGAUCCGUAUGAGGAGUUUCUCAGUGGAGGGCGUAGGUUCUCCCAGGAGAAAGGUUGGGCAGGCCUGGAUCAAGACUCGGGAACUACUGGAAGGGUAACUAGAACACAUCCAGUUGUAUGCCAGACUGAAAUUGAAUUGACAGCCGAAAGGGGUGAUGUCGACAUUACGAGACCACUCAGGAAUGAACCACAGGGAUGGACCUACCCUUGGUCCUGCACAUUUGCGAUGGCGAGACAAUUCUCGAAGAUAUCCAUCGUAAACUAUGAGAAGGCACAGCGACUUCCUCAGCCUAUCUCUGCGGUAGUUGCAGGUGCUGCUCCAACGGCAAGUCUUAUAGGUGAACUGGAGAAGCUCAACUUUCAGGUUCACCAUGUCUAUGGGUUGACGGAGACGUAUGGCCCCUUUACAAGAAACUACGAGCGAUCAGAGUAUGCGACCCUUCCUUUAGAAGAAAGAGCUAGGAUCAUAGCACGCCAGGGUCAUUCCUUCGCUCAAGCCGAUGAGGUCCGCGUGGUACAAAUUGAUGAGGAUGGAAAGAGGAAACCCGGCCUACUCGAUACCAGGGACAUGCAACCCGGAGAGGUUGUGACGAGAGGAAAUAUUGUGAUGAAAGAGUACUUUAGAGAUCCAAAGGCGACAGAAGAAGCUUUUCGGGGAGGAUAUUUUGCAUCUGGUGAUAUUGCAAUAAGGUAUCCAGAUGGCAGUAUCUCCAUUCAGGAUCGUUCCAAGGAUAUUAUCAUUAGUGGAGGAGAGGUCAGACUUUUGAGACGACUCGUUAUGCAUAUAUUAAUUCACAAUAGAAUGCGUCAAGCCUGGCGAUUGAACAAGAGCUAUCAGCGCACUCAGACGUUUUAG